GCUACCCAGUCAGCCGCCGGCUCUCGAGCGGCACUGCCUGCAGGAGCCCCGGACGCAGCGCUCCGGGGAAGGAGGGCGAAGAAACGCGGCAAUGGCCCCAUGGGAACUCUUGGGGUCCGCGGUCGUGGCAGCCGCUGUCUUCGUGGGAGGCGCCGUGAGUUCGCCACUAGUGGCCCCAGACAACGGGGGCAGCCGCACGUUGCACUCCAAAACAGAGACGACGCCGUCGCCCACUGACAGUGCCGGGAACGGACACCCGGAAUAUAUCGCGUAUGCGCUUGUCCCUGUGUUCUUCAUCAUGGGCCUCUUUGGCGUCCUCAUCUGCCACUUGCUGAAGAAGAAAGGCUAUCGUUGUACAACAGAAGCCGAGCAGGACGCGGAAGAAGAAAAGGUCGAAAAGAUAGAGUUGAACGACAGUGUGAAUGAAAACAGUGACACCGUUGGGCAGAUUGUUCACUACAUCAUGAAAAAUGAAGCAAACGUUGAUGUUUUAAAGGCAAUGGUAGCAGAUAACAGCGUGGGUGACCCCGAAAGCCCUGUGACACCCAGCACUCCUGGGAGCCCGCCCGUGAGCCCUGGGCCCUUGUCGCCAGGAGGCACCCCAGGGAAGCACAUCUGUGGCCACCAUCUGCACACAGUGGGUGGUGCUGUCGAAAGGGACGUGUGUCAUCGAUGUAGGCACAAACGGUGGCACUUCAUAAGACCCACCAACAAAUCCAAACCGAGCCAUGCGAGGCGUCAAGGAGAGGUCACUGUCCUCUCUGUUGGCAGGUUUAGAGUGACCAAAGUGGAACACAAGUCAAACCAGAAGGAGCGGAGAAGUUUGAUGUCAGUUGGUGGGACCGACAGCGUCAAUGGGGAGGUGCCGGUGACGCCUGUGAAGAGAGAGCGGAGUGACACGGAGUAGCAGGGGCGACUUAACUUGAAGAGUUCUGAGACACUGGGGACUUACAAGAGAAGAAGUCGUCUGGGGAGUUUUUUAAAGAUUUUAUACAGUUUUUACUGUGGACUCCGCAGGCUUGUGGAUAGAAGCUAAAAGGCACUGCGCUGGAGACACAAUUCAGUUUGCUUUGAAACAAGUUUUGGGUUAAAAAGUCUGAUGGGAAAUUGAUUACAUUUCCAGUGAAGAAAAGAGCUCGUUUUAGAAUUUCCCCAACCACCUCGCCUCCCCGCCUCCCGUCACUGGCCGCGGUGCAUGCGCCGGCGGUGUUCCCCGUGUGAUCGCUGUGUGUAGGGGAACUGCUCGUGUGCAGCCGCGCCGAUGCUCGGGGGUGUUCGCGUGUCAGUGUGUGUGUGUGCACGCGCGCGUGUAUGCACACAGUCUGUGCACACGCACACUUCUCCCCACAGAUCUCAUUUUGCACCUGGUGACAGGAAGAUCCCCUGAGAGCUCGACUGUUACAAGAGACAAAGAUGAAGCUGCGGUCGGACAGGGCGCGGACGGUCCGGCCGCAGCCCUGAGCCGUCGGCCCCCCGGCGGGUCGUGGCGUCAGAUGGCACCGGAUGCCAGACUUUGGAUUCGUGGCCCAAGAGCUCGUCAUUAAACCCUGCCACCACGCACCCCUCCCAAGUCACUUACGAAAUACUGAGCCGAUUUUUUUUUUAACUUGCGCUAAGCAAUUCUUAUUUAGUCCAUUGACUAAAAGGGGGAAAUAGUUUAAAGUGACUAAAAGCAAAAACCCCACAAUGCUUGUUUUGACAACCCGAGGACAAAAUAAAACAAAAACACCCGACUCCUGAGGCAGGAUAGGCCCGUACCUUCCUCUGGCAUGUUUUUCUUGGGCAUUUCCUAGUUUCCAUCUUGUAACCAACGCACGUUAUUGAAAAGAUUCUUAAUGGUUAAAUUUCCCCUGUAAGCCUGGAAAACCUCUUUUAUUUAUUAUUAUCAUUAUUAUUUUUUUUAGCCUUCUAGUUUACGAAACAUCUGAAAGAACUAGAGGCGCAGUUAGUAGCACAGUUUUGACAGGUGUGGGCGGGGGGCCGGCGCCCAGAGACCUGUCGUCAGUGUUGGUGUGGUGCCCGGCGCACUUCUUUUAUCUUAGCGAGAAAGAGCAUCUUUCUCCUUCCACUCCCCAAAAGAGGAUUUCCAUUAAAAUGUAGUUUAAACUAUUCCCUGUAAAUAUACUCAUUCCAUUCGGUUUCUGGCAUCAAAACUAAAAAUUCACAACCUCAGAAAUGAAUGGUGGGUUCAAUUUCAUGUGAUUUGUUUUUGCUGACCACAAAUAAGAACUGUGGUCAGUGUGGAAAUAAACCCUGCUGAGGUCCAGCGAGGAGCAAUAUAGGAAUUUCGGGGGAGGGUAUAUUAGUGUAAAUACUAUAUGUGCAGCCUAGACCAAUAGUUUUAGUUUUUAAAAAUAAAGCACUAUUUUUGGCUUUAAAAAUAUGAUGCCCUCAGAUGGUGAGGAACAAAACGUAAGAUAUUCUGCAGCUUUAAUUAUUUUUUAAUUUUAUUCAGGUCAGAGCACUUUUUUAUGGCAAUACAACAGGCAAGAGAAUACUCAAAGAUAUUUAAAAUUGUGUUUAUACCAAAAGUACAUUUUAAAUAUUUUCUAAUACUUGAGCAGAUUUUGUCUGGCCGGCUUCCAAAUAUGCCAAAAGCUAAGCAUUCAAUGUUUUAACACAUAAGCUUUUAACUAGGAAGGAUUCUUAAGUGUUCCCAAAGCGACUGAUGUUUACAGGGCUUGUGUUUCUCUUCCUUCCUUAGAAGGCUCGGGGUCCACAACAAACUUACUGUACAAAACACUAACGAUGGGCUAACUUCUGGUGUCAUGAGCGAGUUGGCUACGACCUUGAUGUAAAAAUUUCUAAAGAAAAUUUUGCACCCUUUUGAGUGUGAAAUGUAUUUUUAACUGUCUGGUUUGUACUUUUACGACUUUUGUACUACCAAAACAGAGUUACAAAUAAAAACGUUAAACACUU